GUUCCGCGUGCCUUUUUUGCUCAUUCCAAGACGAGGAUUAUGUACGCCCGAAUUACUUAUCAGAACGAAUUAACGUUAUACAAUAUUUCACCCGAAACGAAAAAAGUAUUUGUAGAUUACAUCGCUACUCAUUCUCCUGGCGGCGUCUUUCUUGCUUUGACUGAUAUCGAACACUUCACUUUAUCUCAGCUCAUUGAACGUUGCGGAGGCGAAGCGGCUCUUCAAGAAUAUAAAAAUAAAGACAUAGAAAUCAUGUUCAAUAAAUCUGUACUUGCAGCUGACCACACCAAAGAUAGAUUUCCGGCCUCCACACGUGUUCUUGCUAUCCACGAGAUUGCCGAAAAGGAGCAUCUCCCCCUUGAAGCCGCCUUGGAAAGGGCCGUCCAGCUUGGCAUUCUCGCCGGCAAUCACGAGCGAAUUGUUCCGCCAAAGAUUGACGAUUCGGUUCGUUUGCAAAGUCAUGUUGGGAUAUACACUUUAGAAGAAAAUCAUACUUUUGAAAACAAAGAGCAGGUGGAUCCAUAUAUCCUAAGACCUCAGACAAUAGAGCCGAUCUGUAUUAAAUGUAAAGUUGUUUUAUCUAAAGGGCAAAGACGGGUCUAUGAAACUAAACUACAAGAUCGGUCUCUAGAACAAUCUCUGCCGACCUCCAUACACCAGGCGAACGGCGACGCCUACGUGAUCCACCCUAUCUUCUUUUCAGAGGAUCUGCCAGGUGGUAUUCAGGCGUGCCUAACCUCGGCGUCAGUGGGACCAGACUAUGCACGUGAUGUUUCCUCACUUAAAUAA